AAAAACCGCACAAAGCAACAACAGUACUAAAAGCAUCGAAAGGGGGAGGUGGAAACCACCUUGGUGAAUAUAAAUAUAUACUUUAAGUGCACAUUCGCAGAAGAAAUUUGUACUCAUAUCGUUCACACAAUGAGGGCAUUGCAAGCCUGUUUUCUCUUUGCCUUACUGGCCAUCGUUGCAACUGAAGAGGGCAGGAAACAAGACAAAAGAGGACUGAUUCUUGGAGAUGCAGGUCUUGGAGGCUCUGGUGUUGUUCUGCGAAAUGGACUAGUAAGCAGUGGGCUAGUCGGCCAUGGACUAGUCGGCACUGGCAUAGUUGGCAGUGGAGUAGUUGGUACUGGACUAGUCGGAUCUGGACUAGUUGGAACUGGAGUGGUUGGAACUGGACUACUCGGUACAGGGCUUGGCACUUUAGGAACUGGAAUAAUUGGUACUACUGGCAUUGGAGUGGGUCCCGUAGUUCGCACUGCAUCAUCUUCUGCAUCCAUCGUCGAUCGCCACGUGCCUUUAUCAGUUCCAGUUCCCCACCCCAUAGACGUACCGCGCCCUGUUCCAAUUCCCGUAUCAGUGCCACGCCCUGUUGACGUGCCACGCCGCGUGCAUGUAGAUGUACCAGCUCCCUACGCUGUAGAUGUUCCACGGGCUGUUCCCAUAGAUGUGCCCAGACUAGUACCUGUUUCCAGGCCCAUCGCUGUGGGAGUGGACAGUCCCAGAGCUGUAGGAGUUCCCGUAUCUUCCCCAGUAGCUGUAGAUGUCCCAGUACCUUCACCUGUCGCGGUGCCCACUCCGGUAAAUGUGGGUACAUUGGGCGUGUCUGCUGUCCAAGGGGGAUUGGGAUUGUCCGGCAUCAAUGGAGGUUUAGGGCUGUCUGCCAUCAAUGGAGGCUUGGGACUUUCAGCCAUCAAUGGAGGUUUGGGAGUUUCAGCCAUCAAUGGAGGAUUGGGGCUUUCUGCUAUUAAUGGAGGACUGGGGCUCUCAGGUCUUAAUGGAGGACUGGGACUCUCUUCGGCUCAUGGAGGAGUUGGAGUGGUGGGCGGUGGCAUUGGUGAUGCUCGACUUGGAAAUGGACUGCUUCUAGGCGGGAAACACGGCGGACUCAAGGGAUAGUUUCAUCAGUGCUGUAUCUUUAAAGUGACUGAUUGUAAAUAUCUAAUGUUUGUUGUAAUAAACGAAGAAGUCUCAUAGUGAUAUAGUUACCUCACCUAUGUAUGAACAGCAAAUAAAUUGUUUUGGUGUA